CUUCUCCGUUAAACACGUCACUACUACGACAGUCUAUAAUAGUUAGUAAACUUUUAACACAGUAUAAAAGUGUUUUUAUUUUAACAUAACAUUUAACACAUAUGUGAUUUUAUGUAAAAUCUGAUUUAUUCUCAUGUCCUAACGAUGAAUUGUGUACUGCCACUUCUCGUCAUGGCGCUGUCCGGCGCCCUCGCUGCUCCGUCCUAUGAUGCCGAAUCAACAUCACUCUCAGACCCUGAAUAUACACUGGGAUAUAACAGAGGUGAUAUGUCAGAGAAUAUUUUUAUACCUCGGAAGAGAGCAGCACUUGUCCUGGAUCGUUUGUUGAUCGCAUUACAAAAGGCACUACACGAGGAAAGUGUGAACCAGCGCUUGGCUUCGGACCGAGAAGGCCCGCGGACGGCUCCCUUGCGUCUGGCUAACUUCGACACUAACGAUAUGACGGGGUUGCAACGUCGUGGUCAGGGUACCACAAGAGGGCGUGUGCUACGAUGCUAUUUUAACGCCAUUACGUGCUUUUAAGAAAUUAUAUUUAAAUAUAUUUAUGGCUAUAUAAUUUGAUAUCAUAUAAUAGACUGUUACUAUAGCUGUACUACUAAUAAUUCUACUUGGCUGCAAAACAAAUGCCUGGCUGAGAAUAUCACUUCGACUUUUUCGUGUAAUUAUAUUAUUCGUCGUUUAAAAAUAUCAUAUACUUUGAAUAAAAAUAUCGUUUGGUUUUUGCUUUUGAUUUUUAUUAGUGAAAAUAUUUUC